CGAUAAUGGUGAAACUAACAAUAGUUGGUAGGGUUGAAGAUGGAUUGCCUCUUGCACAAGAUCAAACCUAUGUCAACCAAGAGGACAAUACUAGUUUCUUGCUGUACAAGCAACAAGCAGAAUUUCUUCUUAAACAAGUCUCCAAAGACUCAUUAUUACAUCCAAAGAUGACCAUCUUGCUCGAUCAUCAUUCUUUCCACUUCCUGGUGGAGAAGAAGAUAUGUUACAUCGCGCUAUCUGAUUCUUCAUAUCCAAGAAAGCUAUUGUUUAAUUACUUGCAGAAUCUGAACAAGGAGCUUGAUAAGCUGGACGAGAAAGCACUGAUCCAGAAAAUCUCAAAGCCCUAUAGCUUCAUUAGGUUUGGUAAGAUCAUAGGGAGAAUAAGAAAACAAUAUAUAGACACGAGAACACAAGCUAAUCUAUCGAAGCUGAAUGCAUUGCGGAAACAAGAACUCGAUGUAGUUACUGAGCAUUUGAAUGAUAUAAUACAAAGACAACAAAUUUUAGAAACAUUAGAAAAGGCGUCCUCAGAUCCUCCAAUGAUUGUUUCAACCAUUUGGAGCUCACGAUGUCUUCAGGAUAUUUCGUUAAAAUGGACACCAGUGACGAUUAUUAUUCUCGUUAUUCUUGUUCUUUUCAAAGCAAGCUUGAUUAUGACAGAUGAUUAUUUAAUUUCAACCAUGAUAUGAUCAAGAAGAAGAGUGUAUAUAUGAAACAUCCUAGUAGCUAUUUAAUUAUCGUUACUCGUUAAAAUACUGACUUUGAAAUGUUGUUUAAGUAAGUCUACGACAAUAGUAAACUCUAUGGACGAACAAGAAGACAGACAAAGAAAGAGACAUGAACCAAUUAUAAACAACACUGAACUUACAAAUAAU